GGGUCCUCGGUCGGCUCGACUAGAAGACGAAGGGGGCGUCUCCCCUGCUUCCUGCGGCAUCGGAGGCGAGUUGAGGUGGUGGCAGGCUGCGGCUACGAAGGCGUCAGCGGUGGCGGCGGCGCCAUGGCAGGGCUCGCAGGAUCCCUGCUGCCUUGGUGAUCCCGGGCUGACAGCCAGAGACCACAGCGGCUCAGCUCCUGGAGAGCGAGGGUUGAAGAAAGCAGAGGGCAGCCGCCCGCGCCCGCUGGCUCCCAUUAGGUCGGUUCCUGCAGCGGUGCCCGGUGGCCUUGGCGAAGGCCCUGUCCAGCAGAGAUCAUGUAUUGCCUCCAGUGGCUGCUGCCCGUCCUCCUCAUCCCCAAGCCCCUCAACCCCGCCCUGUGGUUCAGCCACUCCAUGUUCAUGGGCUUCUACCUGCUCAGCUUCCUCCUGGAACGGAAGCCUUGCACAAUUUGUGCCUUGGUUUUCCUGGCAGCCCUGUUCCUCAUCUGCUAUAGCUGCUGGGGAAACUGUUUCCUGUACCACUGCUCCGAUUCCCCGCUUCCGGAAUCGGCACACGACCCCGGCGUUGUGGGCACCUAACAGCCAGCCCAGUUAGCUUUCCAAGGAAGCAGAAGACGGGAGGGGAGGCAUUGACAUAGGUCAUAAAGCAUUGGAGUUUCAAAUCCCGCGGCCCUGUGGGGGCCACAUUCCUGAUGGCGCCUUUCUGGCCUGUGACGUUUUAUCCUUAUAAUGUGAAUAAUAGCACUGACCGGUGCUUUUAUCGUAGAGUCCUGUAGUCGUGGGUGGUCUCGUGGUUGUGUGUGUUCUGUCCCCAUCUUGGACCCUGACUGGCAGGAUGGCCACCCCCCUCGCCUCAUUCCCACGAGGAGCCUGCACCCAUCCUGGUCAACUGCCCCAGCAUGAUCCGGGCAGAUAAAAUGCCAGUCUCAUUGUCACCUCUGUGACCCUUCCUUGUCAGAGUGUUACUGACUCCUCCGUCCCUCUCUUGGCUUCCUGUUAGUUCUCCUUAGCCCUUUCCUUUUUUGGGGAGCACCUGUCCAAGACAGGGCUCAGUUCUGCACUUAUCUCGAAUAUAAAGAGAUUGCUGAUGCCCGAGAGCCUCGCUUUUUCAUUCUUCUUCCCUGGCCGGCGGGCUAGACAGAAUUGUGUCUUGACUGCUGUCCACAAAUCUUCAGUAUUUUCCCCACGUCAUUUUGAAGGAAGAAGUAACAGAUACAUGUUGCUCUUUCACCUGGGGGUCUGGGCUCCUGCUCAGCAGCCCAGCUUCGUUUCCUCUGCCCUUCCUCCUGCCUGUCUCAACUGUCGCAAGGAGGGGGCCUCAUUUUGUCUCCCAUGCAUGCUCUGCAGGAUUGAUGUGUGGUGUGUUUACGUAGAUCUAGCAGUCCCCAGCCGAGUGAAUGGGAGAGUACUUGUGUGUUGCAUAACAGCCACGAUCCCCUGAUAGGUGUUUGGAUAUUUUUUGGUGUGGUGUGCCGUGCGUGCGCGUGUGUGUAUACGUACGUGUACAAGUACAUGUGUAAAUCCUUUUUAAAGAAGCUUUAUCGAACGUGUUGUGAUUUUGAGGUGUAGCAAUAGCUAGCUUGUAGGGGCCGCUACAGUUGGUAUUUAGUAUGGGGAUUGCAGAGUGACCAGCACACUGGACUCCGAGGUGGUUCAGACGAGACAGAGGGGAGCGGUGGCCAUCGUCCUCAUGCCAGGAGCUUCUCCGGUCCUGCGCGUAUAGACUGUAUACGUUACGAAGAAUACACGGGAAGACUUUGUGACUGUCACUUGCUUUUUUCUUUUUCUGCGCUUCAGUAAAAGUGUUGGCACAUGACACUGUCUCCUGGCCCCUGCCCGCUGGGGAUCAGCAUGGUUGUCCUUCCAGUCUAAACCAUCCAUCUUUCUCUUGGCUGAAGGGGGAGGGAGGUGGGCCAGGCAGAGGACAGAACUGGAGGCAGUCCAUCUAGGGGACGGGACUGCGGGGCCACACUUGUGGAACAUUUGGACUGCUAUUCUGGAGCUUUUAUUUCUGGUGUGUUCGUUGCACAGCUGUUUGAAAUGUUUAAUAAAGCUUUAUAAACUUUCCUCUGUGGUUUUAUGUGGCUGCAGUCCCUGUGGGUCGUGGUGUUGGAUUUCUGAGUUGGUGGGGGGCAGCGGGUAGCAUGGAGGGGCUGAGGCCUUGGCGCCACAGUACCUUAGGCUGAAAAUUUGAUCUGCUCUCUGGAGAGCAGAUGGUGGGAUUGGGGGCGGGGGAGCAGGGGGCAGGCCAGGCGGUGAACAGGAGGGAGUCUGAAAGUUUUCAGAGAUGAGACAUUUGCGUUUCUCAGCUCCCAUGGCUUCUCGCCUGAAACUGUUUCCCUCCGUAGGAGAUUUGAGUAACCGAUCCCUUGACAAACAACUUAAGACAGCUGGAGCUCUAAUCAUCAAGAAUUUUUAUGGUGCUGCUUUUGAAGUAAAAAUAAAGUGAAACCCCUUAUGGCAUUUCAAGUGGAAAAAUAAAUAAGGUUGGCCGUCCACGUAGGGGGCUCCGGGCGAUGGCUGGAAGUGCGGGAGUGGCGUGGUUCUGUGCCGUCAAUGUGCACGUGCUCCCAUGGCCGUGACCUUUGAGACAAAGCUGGGUGGCUUGCCAGGGCCCUGUGCUGGGUGUCCACCUCUCCAUCUCUUCUCCUUCUAGAAAACAUAACAGGAACACUGCCUGUCCAAGGCACAGGGCUGUUGUCAGAGUUUAUUGUUGUAAAAGGGCUUGGGUGGUUUCAUAAAAGGUCAUCUGUUAUACCUAGAUUGGUAAUUUAUUGCUAUGAAGUUUUGUGUAGUUUUCUCCUGCCCUUUGCAAUCUCCGCAUCGUCAGUGUAUCCCUUUUUUCAUUCCCACCAUCGCCUAUCAGUGCUUUUCCUUUUUUCGUCAAAACUUGCCAAAGGUUUGUUCAUUUUGAAGGUGUUUUCAGAGAACCAAGCUUACUGAUUAUGUCUGCUGGGUAUUUUCCCUAUCUGAUGCUUUUGUGUUUUUACCUCUGCAUUCUUUUGUUUCCUGCGUUUCUGGAUGUAUUUUGUGGUUCAGCAAAGUCUUGACAAGUUGAGGAGUGUUACACGUGGAAAGGAUGGUUUGUUCAGCAAACAUUGAGCCCCUGUACUGGGCUUGCUGGGGAUUUCAGGGGUAAGACCCAGGCCUGACUCUCCAGGAGCGCAUGACUCUAGCCUAGUGGGAAGACUUAAGAAAAUAGACACCUGCAAAUUCCA